AUGGAGAUGAAGAAGAUGGCUUGUGCAGUCCUUUUCGCUGCAGCCUCAAUGAGUGCAGUGUUGGCUCAUGGCCAUGGUGAUUAUGCUAACUACUCCCCAGCUCAGGCACCCGGACCAAGCAGUACUGGCGGUGCCUCGGCUAGCUUGCCUGUUGUUGGUUCUAUGGUUGGUGCUUCUCUUGUGUCACUUGUGGCUUACUACCUGCAGUAG